AUUUAUUUUGUGUCGCGAUGGGUGGUCGAUGAUAGAAGGCGCCGUCGCCCUCCUACUCGGUCUCCUCGCGCCAAGUCUCGUCAGGUACCUCGUCAGCCGCUUCCGUUCAUCGUACGGCCAUGAAGCCUACGGAGAUGCCCUACAACAUGCAGCACUCAAUAUCCGAUGCGACUCGCUCUGGCUCAACAUGGGUUUCUGGGCCAAGACGGUCGACUUUCCGACGGCCUGCCAAGGUGGGGGGAUGGCACAGCGCCAUGAUGUCCGUACUGCUAAAUGUGAGGCAGCAGAUUUAGCGCUGCAGCUCGUACAACAUGCCCGGCUUGACGCGACAUUGCCACGCGGCCAGUCCUCUGUCUUGGAACUCGGCUGUGGCUGCGGCGAGACGUUCAGAGUCUGGCAAGCGACGUUCAGACCGGACGUCAUCGAUGCCGUCACGACGAUGAGGUCUCAUGCCGUCAUUGCUGAGCAGCGCCUGCGUGAUCUAACAGAUGCCAAUCUGCUGAGAGAUCACCAUCUCUACCAGCGUGAUGCGAUCGAGUACACGCGGAAUCCUGACCGACGAUACGAUGCUGUCAUUGCGCUCGACUGUGCAUACCACUUUGACACUCGCGCGGCUUUCUUGCGGAAUGCCUAUGGAUGUCUACAGACUGGCGGCACGCUCGCGCUGACUGACAUUGUCAUGCUUCAGCCGAUCUCGAAGCUCGGUGCGUUCGACAGGCUCAAGCAAUGGGCUGUCUGCCGUCUUGCCGGCGUGCCGUGGACGAACAUGGUGACCGACAUGGAGGAGUAUGUCACUCUUUUGCAAGGGAUCGGGUACAACAACAUCAACAUAAGAGACAUCUCAUCCGACGUCUUUGAGCCUCUCGCCGCCUUUCUCGAGGAGCGUGCAGGUGACGCAAACUUUGGCGUCGUAUCGAGAACAAUCUGGUGGGAGUAUCUUGCUUUUGCAAGCGUUCUACGGUGGUGGCAUCGCGGUCGUCAAGUCGGCUUCGUCCUCAUUGCUGCACAGAAGCCAUGACCGGCCUAUUUGCCAGUCUUGAGAGCGUGUUGUACGGCAUCGCAGCCUGAUCCACGGGUGCAGACAAACGUCUCCGGGCCCGUCUGACACUUGAUAUCCUCUACCGACGGACAGCUGCACGCGGCAGGCGAGCUCACGCAGUCGAGCGUGUUCGGGCAGAGAUAGUCAUUGCACGAGAGCUCGUCGACCUGUUGCCUGUACCAUUUCGAUUUGGUAUCCUGAGCCGGUCUCGCACCUUGCUGGGCCUGUUGCUGCCCGC